AUGAACGCAGAGAAUGCCAGCGACCUCAACUUGCUCCAAGCCGCAGCCAGGCAAACCAGCGCGGGGCUUCCGAAUCCGCAGAAGUUGGGCUACAAGUACAUGGCAACUACCACGAGAUAUGGGCACACCAGUCUCACAUCAUGCGGGGGUCUUGACACCAUCAAGAUUGUGAAGGGCACGGGCUACUAUGCUGUCGCCUCAGCAGAGAACAUGCAGGGCGACUUUGAACGAGCUUCUGGCUGUUGGUGCGGAAAGGAUGGAGGAGGAGGGGGCACAGCUGGAAUGGGUUGCGGAGCUUGCGGCAAAGGCCGGUUUAUAUAUGGGCAUCCUCAGUCUUACCCUAUGUACGUCAAGGAAGAUGCCGAGAUUUUUCAGAAGGAAAUCAAGUUCAUUGUUAUCGAUACUUGCACGCACCAAGCAGGGAAUUUGGAAUGGUGCGAGGGUAAAGCAGGGAAGGCCAACCAGUACGGCGCUUUGAACCACCUGGACUUUGCAGACCCACCGCCCAAGUUCGACCACUACUAUUUCGCAUUCAGCCCAGAACCCUGCCCGGCAGAACUCGAGCAUCGCUUUGCUGCACAGAGCAAAUGCAAGCUCUGA